AUGAGAGAACUUUACUUUGUAAAACUAUACUUAUCAAUUCUACUUUUUACCAUAACUUCCUCCCUUAUUAAAGCUUAACCUGUCUCAGUAAACAACACAUUUUCAACAGAUACUUGCUUUAGAUGCUUAGUAAAAAACGAAUUCAUAAUUUAACAAAAGUUAGAUUUAACGUUAGUGCCUUAUACAUACUUUUCAUACUGUGUUUAUGAAAACAAAGAGAGUUGCUGUUUAAUGGCUGCAGAUGGCUUUUCCUUAUAGCCUGAUAAUUUAAUCUGCUAAUUUGGUAGAUGCAGCAAUAAUAAUUAGAAAUUAGAUAUGAAAAAGUUGCAAAGUUAGUAUAUAUUUUGUCAAUCAGACAUAUAACCCGAUGAGUUCUGUGGACCUUAGAAACUCAAAUUAUCUAACUACUCCAAGCCAUCGCCAGCUAUGUAAUUAUACUACGAUCCGAACAAUGUUAGGCCAAACAGUACUAAUGAGACCAAUAAUGAUACAAACAAUAAUAAUUAAACAAAUGGAACAACAAAUAAUUAAAAUGGAACAAAUUCUACAAAUGGCACUAACAAUAAUAAUACUACUAAUAAUACUUAAAAUAAUAAUAUCACUGAAAAUUCCACAAGUACCAAUACCACAAUAAAUAAUGACACAGCUUAAAGCAAUUAAACUUAAAAUAAUUAAAGUAAUUCUACCUCUGAUAAUAACAAUGAUACCUCACACAAUGACAGCAAUCAAACUCAAACAAAUAAUACCAAUUAGACUAAUAUUUAGAGCAAUUAAACUACCAAUACUUCAGAUUCUAAACCUGAUAACUCUACAAAUGAAAACUAAAAUUAAACAGAUAAUGAUAAUCCUGUACAAAUACAAUAAAAUGAAACUCAGAACAAUUAGUCAUAAGAACAAUCCUAAAUAAAUUAAAAAAGGAUAUUAUAGCAAUUAAUAAAAUAAGCAAAUUUACCAAAGUAAAAUAUUAACUCAAAUAAUGAAUAAAUAACUGAAAGCAAUUAAAGAAACUUGAAAUUUAUGGAUGACAUCAGAAUCUGUAUCUACGAUUUAGAAAUCGAUGAUAAUCUGUUUUAAUAAUAUGACAAACAAUAAGAUGGGGUUAAAUUGGAAAUAGUUUAAAAUAACAUUAACAAUCUGAUAUUUAUGUUAGAUUACGAUUAAAACAGAUCCACAAAGCUAACUGAUCAAAAUUUAAUAUCUAGGAUAGAAUAAAACGAGACAAUGAAGAUUCUAAGCAUUUUUGAUGACUCAAAGUAUGUAACACUAUACAUUGAGUAUAUGAUAGAAGAUUAAGACUACAUUAUAAUUGAUAAAAAUAAUACAAAAAAUGAUGAUGAUGACAAUUAAGAAAAAGAAUAAUCUUAUAAAAAACCAUUGUUAAUAAGCGCUUAUGCUGUUGCAGGCAUUAUUUUCAUUGCAUUUUGUGUCUUAACAAUAAGGUAUCUAGUUAAGUGCUAAAAGAGAAAGCAUGAUUAAAUUAAGUUAAUGGGAGAAGUAAGACUAUCUGAUGAAAAAGACAAGACUUCUGUUCCAAAUGAUCUUGAAAAAGCCCAUUCGGGAAUUAUUGAUGAUAGCCAUCAAGCAAAUGUGCCAAAAAAGCUGAGUGAAUUAUUGUUUUAUUCUGGGCAAAAGCCGCAAUCUUAAACAUGCAGAGUAGAAUAGAGAAGAUCUUCUGCAAUUAGUAACUAAGGAUAUAAUUUAACAAUGGAUGAUCUUAACAAAAGAUCUCAUUAAUCAAAUGCAUAGACUGAAGUUGAUAAAAAUAUAAGAAGCAAAGAACCAUUAAAUUUACCUGAAAAUUUAAGUAAACAAGAAUCUUUACCAUAAUUUGGAGAGUAGCCAAUUAUUCAUAAUAAAACAGAGGGAAGUGAUGGAUAAGAAACCAAUUCAAACUUUGGAAAUCUUGUGAGAAAGAUCAAUGCUAAAAUGGCAAAGACAAUUAACCAUAACAAUGAUUCAGAGUAAGGAUCCUUCAGAGAUAUGCCAAUCAAAAAAGGACCUAAAUCAUUUAAGAGACGGUAUGAUAGCUCUUCUGGAGAAAAUUCUGUUGAUGGUGAAAGAGUUCUGUCUGAUCUUAACAACGAUAUUCGCAAGUAAUUUAAACAUGAAUAAGCAUAAGGAUCUCAAGGUGAUUUUGAGGAAAAAUAUCAUAAUAAUAGGUUUAAGUCUCACAGACCAGACACUGCUAAACUCAGGAAUGAUCAAUUGUUUAAUAGAAGAAAAUCUAGUGGCCACUCAUCAGUGAUGAGGCAAAGGCCUAGUGGAGACCUUCUUUUGUCAUCUUAGUAAAGUUUCACAAUUGAUGUAGAUAGAGUCGAAAGAACUAUUGAUGAUGCAUCUAAAUUUGGAGGACUUGUUGAAAAAAUUAGUAGAUAGUAAACUGAUGGCGCAAAUAAGCCAGCUCCUAGAUCUAACACCUUUAGGAAAAUUGAAAAUGAUGCAAUUGAAAGGAAGCGUUAAACUUUGAACAAUAAUAACAACAAUCUAUAAAUAUUCCAGUCAGAAUCUAAAUUCGAUGAAUAUGAAUAUAUGCAGUAAGAUGCAGAUUCAAUAAACAAGGUUUAAUUACCUUAGGCUGAUCAGGCUGAGGAUGAAGAUGAGAUCAAAUCAGGAUUCCAUUCAGUCCUAAAAGAAUAGUUCAAGCAAACAAAGAUUGAUAGGCAAAAAAAAGGGAUUCUAAAGAAAGGCUACUCUUAAGAGUAAUAGGCUAGGAAAAUCUAACAAACUUAAAACCAAAACUUAGAUGCUCGUGAGCGCAGAAGACUAAAACUGCUAGAAUAGCAAGAAAGAUAAAAAGAUGAAGAUUACUACUAAAACAAUAACAUUAUUUUUCAUACUGGUACCUUUAAUGGAGAUGAUGAAGAUGAUAUUAGCAACAUAUCUGCCUUUUGA